CUUAUUUUAAUGGAAUAACAUGGAAAAUGUGAAAGUAGCAGGUAAAUUAACUUCCGACGGCACAAUAUUUAGCUCCAGUUUGCAGCGUUUCGUCAAACAAUGUAGUUUAAACGUGUUAUUUUGAAUGAAUGUGCGCUUAAAUAAAGAAAGACCUUCUUGUUGAUGGCAUCGUUGUGGUCAAAGAUUUCUGCUGUUCUGCCUGCUGACGAAGACCAGUUCGCCCUGCAGUUCAGCGACAAAGUGGAGUCGAGCGUGGUGGAAAUGCUGAGGCGGUCGCGGCGGCAGCUGUACGGCGAGACAGAGCGCUCCAGCCGCGCGCUGACCGCCCAGAUCGUCCUGGAUCUUUCGUGGGAGAGACUCAACACAGGAACGUGGCGGCACGUGGACAAAGAGUGGAGACGCGUUUACUCCUACGGCUGCCUGUUCAAAGUGGCCGCGCUGUGCCGUGAAAAUCCAUCAGAGGAUGAGAUCCUGCAGGCUGUCAGGACUUGUGACAUGGGGUUACUCAUGGGUGCAGCCAUCAUGGAUGACAUACUUCACACUAUUGUUCGGCUUCUGCAGAGUGAAAUAGGAAAAUUUUCCAGAGAAGAGGAUGAAAAUGAACACAAGGUCAAGAAAACAAAGAUUGCUGACUCGCUUGUUCCUGCGAUCAGAGAGGAGUUCGCAGUUCCCAGGAUAAAGUGUCCGUCUUUAGAAAGCUUCAACACGGAUUACCUGCUCCCCCUCAAACCGGUGAUUUUAGAAGGAGUCAUCGACCACUGGCCUGCCCUCAGCCAACACCCCUGGAGCAUCGAGUACCUGCGGUCGGUGGCGGGCUGCCGGACCGUCCCCGUCGAGGUGGGAUCCAGAUACACGGACGAAGACUGGUCCCAAACUCUGCUCACAGUCAAUGAAUUCAUUGAUAAAUACGUCUUAAAUGCAGAUGGAGGGAAAGCUUCGGGCUAUCUGGCUCAGCAUCAGCUCUUCGAGCAGAUACCGGAGCUGAAAGAAGACAUCCGCCUGCCGGACUACUGCUGUCUGGGUGAAGCCGAUGAGGACCAUAUAACGGUGAACGCCUGGUUCGGGCCCGGAGGCACCGUGUCGCCCCUCCACCAGGACCCCCAGCAGAACUUCCUGGCUCAGGUGGUUGGAAGCAAAUACAUUCGCCUAUAUUCCCCGGAGGAUUCAGACAAGCUGUACCCUCAUCAAUCACAGCUGCUUCACAACACCAGUCAGGUGGAGGUGGAGAAUCCAGACGGCGAGCGCUUCCCGCGGUUCGCCGAGGCGCCGUACCUGGAGUGUGUGCUGCGGCCCGGAGACGUGCUGUUCAUCCCCGUCCAGCACUGGCAUUACGUCCGAGCCUUAGAACUCAGCUUCUCCGUCAGCUUCUGGUGGUCCUGAUUGCAGAUUUUAUAAUAUCAAUGAUAAAAAAAAAAAAAAAACAGGAUUCUUUGUAGAAGCGAGCCCGAGUCCAGCUGGAUUCCUGCUGCUGCGGAGGGGAAAUCAAUCCUCGGUUUUUAACUAAUGUGAGGCUAAUUCUGGAAAAUGUAAGGACAACUGCUGAUCACACAAACCUUUGAUCCCUGAACAAUGAACGCACACUGCUGAAUAAUUACUUUAAUUGUGCUGCUGAUGAUUGCAGCAGCAUCCAUUGUGUGGAAAGCUACCAGCAGAUUAAAAACAACAACAAAA